GGCAGUGACGAUGAAGUGAGGCUGGUGCAGAAGUUGUUCCUUGAAGAUGGCUACAACCCGCUCAUCAGACCAGUCAAGAACCUCAACGACACUGUUACUGUCAAGUUUGGAAUGGCCAUGAUUCAACUGAUUAAUGUGGACGAAAAGAAUCAAAUCAUGAAGUCCAAUGUCUGGUUGAGAAUGAUUUGGACGGACUACCAGCUGCAGUGGGACCCCACGGAUUACGGGGGCAUCACGACCAUCCGCACACUGCCCGAUAAAGUGUGGAAGCCCGAUAUUGUCCUUUUCAACAAUGCCGACGGCAAGUACGAGGUCUCCUACAAACCGAACGUGGUGAUUUUCCACUAUGGGAGCAUUCUGUGGAUCCCACCAGCCAUCUACAAGUCGUCCUGCACCAUCGACGUCAAGUACUUUCCAUUCGAUCAGCAGAGGUGCGAAAUGAAGUUUGGUUCGUGGACUUUCAAUGGAGACCAGGUAGUUCUUGAUUGGUAUGAAGGCCAGGACCAGGUCGAUCUGAGUGAUUACGUGAGCAGUGGCACGUGGGACAUUAUUAAAUGCCCUGGUGAAUACAACCACACGUACGAUCUCGUUGAAAAACACAGCAAAGCUCAAAUAACUUUUUUCCUAUACAUCAGACGCAAAACAUUGUUCUACACUGUCAACCUAAUCAUUCCGUGCGUCCUCAUCAGCUUCUUGAGUGUUUGCGUAUUCUACCUACCAGCUGAUGCCGGCGAGAAGAUGACCAUGUGCAUCUCAAUAUUGCUGGCUCUCGUGGUUUUCCUGCUACUCGUUUGUAAGAUAUUGCCGCCGACUUCACUAACAAUUCCUUUGAUUGCCAAGUAUCUUCUGUUCACAUUCAUUAUGAAUAUCGUCACCAUCCUAAUCACAGUCAUCAUCAUCAACUGGAAUUUCAAAACUCCUCGAACUCAUAGUAUGCCCAAAUGGAUUAGAAUUGUUUUCCUCAACUACCUCCCUAAAUUGUUAUUCAUGAAAAGACCACACCACGAAGAAAGAUGGUUCAAAAAAACAUACAGCAGGAGAAACCGGCUUUCUCAUUUUCCUGACCCAAGGCUUUUGAGGAACGUUCGGGGGAAGGCCAGUGAAAUGCUGUCGGCUGGCUCGAGUAGUCAGAUGUAUGCUCAAAAGAACUGCUACAGUGGAGGUGAGGCAGUUUAUCACGGAGCGAGUUUAGAUAGGAACAUGAGACAGGACGUUCCAAGUCCUGGCUUCAACAUGACCGCUGAAACACAAAAAGCUAUCGACGCCGUUCGAUUCAUUGCUGCUCAUCUAAAAAAUGAGGACGAUUACGCAGAGAUCCUGGAAGACUGGCGCUACAUCGCCAUGGUGAUUGACAGGCUGCAGUUGUACACGUUCGUCGCCGUCACCAUCGGCGGCACUGUCGGCAUCCUCAUCAACGCGCCACACAUCUUCGAAUUUGUGGACCAGGAAGAAAUUAAGAAGAGCAUCAUCGGAUCCACCGUUCGAUGA